UGCUAAGAAAUGCACAAAGUUUAUUGUCGAAGGGUACAGAAUGGUCUCCAUGGAUAAGGGUCUAAGUCUUCUUCGAAAUGUAUAAUUAUUUUUCAUGGGUCAGGAUAAUCCGUGUAAAUUUUUAGAAAGUAGUCUGCAUACCUGGACUAUUUGGAAAUAUUUUAAACGUAAAAUAUUUUUAACAAUAAACUAUAUUUAUUUUUCUACGUAAUCUUCUUGAUCGAAUAAUUAUCGUUGAACAAUUAUUUAAUCAUCAAUGUAAACUCAACAGAGAGAUUCAGAUGUUUAAAUAAAAUUUCUAAAAUUAAGUAAAAUUAAAACAAAUUAUAUAAAAAUCUUCCACAUGGAUGUAAUUAUCAUUACAAAGAUUUAUUAUUAUAAUAAAUAUUUAUUAUAUAUUUUUUUAUCUAUAAGGUUAAGGAUCAAAUUAUUAUUCAAAAUUGCAGCAACUAUCAUCAAUCGAUGCAGCAUACGGAUAUAUAAUUUAAUCAUUUCCUGUCCUGUUUACAAUGACUCGUCCAAAAAAUAUAUUUUAUUGAAUAAAAAACUCGAUUAAAAAAAAAGAAAAGAAUUAUUUAUUUUUCUUCUAACUUUUUUAUUUUGUUUUAUUUUAUUUUAUUUAUUUAUUUAUUUAUUUUCUAAUCUAAAAUCAAUUCACUCGCGUAUCUAUAGAUCAUUGGAUCGUAUUAAUAUUUUUUAUUUCUUCUAUUUUCUUCAAUACUGAUUCAUAGUGUCUUCUUUCAAUUAACAUCGCGAUUCAUGUCAACAAGAGCACCGAUAAUUGGUAGCCUGUUACCGAUGGACAAAAGUUUAUCGAUAGCCACCGAAGACAAUGAUCUUUUUGCAUAACAGUGAUCGAGUUAAUGUACUGUAAUUACUUUGAAUACGCGCGAUAAUUCGAAUCGAUGCAUUUUUUCUUGAGUCACAAGUGAAAUCCGACCGUGAUGUUUCUACAAAACAAGAUUUCAAGAUAUUCGUUUUAAUUAAACAUAUACAUUUAUUUAAUCGCCAAUCGAUCGAAAAGUGUCUUCGCGUUGAAAAAAAAAAAAAAAGAAAAAGAAAAAGAAAAAGAAAAUAGAAAAGGAAUGACACAUCGUGGAAAUUCCGGUGCACAAAUUUGCACGUGCAAUCUGUAAACCGCAGAAUUACGUAAAAUGUUGGCAAAUUAUUGAAAAUUAAGGAAGCCGCGUCCCACGAUGUUGAACCGGAAUCAUAAUGAACACGCGACAAUAACAGAGAAUAAUAGAAGAGUCGAUUUUUUUGCGUAUCGUUUAGUCUAAUCUUUUUUUUUUUUUUUUUUUUUUUACAACCGUCAAAUUGGAUAUAAGUAAAUGGUGUAAAGUAAGAAAUAUUUAUCUUAUCGAAGAGCACUUAUUUUAUAAAUUUUCACGAAGCGUUUUUUAACAAAAGUGCAAUCGUGUAAUUUUAUUGGAACGCGUAAUUAUAAUUCGCAUACCUGGCCGAUUAUUUACGAUAUUCUCAACUUAAAUUUGAUUAAUCGAAUAGUAAUAAUCAAAAAAUUAUAGAUAAGUUAAUGAUAUAUUUAAUUAUAUGUAAAAUUAUUCUAGUUUUAAAAUAUCUGUUUCGUUAAGAAUAUCUUUGGAAAGCUUUUCGACGAAAUGGCGAAAAAGGAAAAUGAUGGUCAGCAGACCUGCAAGCUGCAGGAGCAACAUGGGUUCAAUCCCUAAAAUUCGAUGUCCUUUCCAUGUUAUCCUAUGGGAGGGAUGUACCUGGCUUCCCCACUUACUCUCACCUACCGACCACUUAAAUAGGCAGCGGAAUAACCGAUGUCAUCAGUUAGUUCUUAGCGGUUUCGAGUCGGUUCUCGUAUUCAUAAAAUUAAACUUUUGCGGAAUUCAUAAAUCCAUCAACUUUCGAGAUCGAUUUUUCCUUCAAAUAUUUUUCUCUUCGAACAAUGUUUCGAAGAGGUCUUUCAAAUAUAUAACAAUAUAACUGGUGCGUGUCGAGAAUUCUUUUGCUGAAACCGCAGAAUGUACAAGCAGUAUUACAAGAAAUUCUUCCCACGAUGGAUUCCGACGCGAGUUUCGAUCGGUAUAAUGAUGUUCACGGCCUGUUGGGCCAAUUAUAUGUUGAGGUUACAAAUGCCAAUUCUGGCCGUGCCGAUGAUCAAAGCUCGGGCCACAGCUGGCAACAACGUAUCAAGCGCCGCAUGUGAAGUUAGAGUACGUCGCGCCAUCGCCUGGCUGGAUCCUGGCAUAUAUCUCGAAGAUUAUAUCCUUGCGGAGAGGUUAGAAGCCGCUCAGAAUGCAGUUGCUAAUUCGAAGGCGUACAACAUUCGCGUAAGGAGAAAUACGAAACCGAUCAGGCCGAGCGGUAUAUAUAUAUUCAAUGGUUUACCUUUCGAUUGGAGGCCCGAAAUUCGCGGCCAAUUAAUAGCCGCGUACAGCUACGGUAAUGUUCCUGGAAAUUUAUUGGGCGGCAUGAUGGCCGUUAAAUGGGGCGCAAAGAACGCGAUACUCUGGACAUCGAUUGUAGCAGUCCUGAUAUCAUUCUUCAGCCCGAUUCUCGCACAAUUUCACUGGGGCGUUCUUUUAGUCUCGAGGAUGGUCAUCGGUCUGACCGGUGGUAUAACGUUCCCGGCGUGUCACAGUUUGGUGGCGCGUUGGGCGCCUCCGAACGAAAAGGCACGUUUUGUUUGGUCGUUGCUCGGCGGCACGUUCGGUACCAUUUUCACGUAUCCAUUGGUCGCUGGUAUAGCACAAUCUUUGGAGUGGGAGAAUGGAUGGUACAUUCCAUCGUUGUUAAUAAUGGUUUGGAUAUUUUUCUGGGCGCUGAUCACAUACGAUUCUCCUGAAGAGCAUCCUGGUAUCUCGGCUGAGGAAAAGGAAUACAUUAUCACUGAACAAGCGGGCACAGUUCGCAAAGUAAAGCCGACGUUGAAACAAACACCGUUAAAAGAAAUAUUUACUUCAAUACCGUUCCUCAGCUUGAUCGUAUGCCAUUUCGGGAAUAUGUUUCUCCUCUUCUUUUAUCAGAACGCCAUGAUGAUUUAUCUAACGAAAGCUUUAGGAUUCAAAUUGACCAAAGGUGGGGUCGCAGCCGCCCUUCCCUGGCUUUUCAGGAUGGUCUUCGGCUUCUUUUUCAGUUGGGCCGGUGAUACGUUGAAGAAGAAAAAGAUCCUCAGUGUCACCGCUAUACGUAAAGGCGCAACGAUAUUCUCUCAUUUCCUGCCUGGAAUCUUCUUCAUUUUGGUUGGAUACGUUGGAUGCAGGUUCGUGCUCGCCAAUAUAUUUCUCAUGCUGGCGCUUGGCUUUAACGGAGCGGCGAGCAUCUCCAACCUGUCCAACAAUCAAGAUCUUUCCCCGAAUUUUGCCGGGUUUCUAUACGGUAUCAUGAACACUAUCGGUUGUACUUCCGGUUUUAUUAUUUCUCCUCUGGUUGAGGAGAUAGCUGGAAAAUAUGGAAAUCCUAUCGAGAGAUGGCAAACAUUGUUCUGGAUCGGUGCAGGGGUGUGCAUAGUUUGCAUGAUCGUCUUUGUAAUCGGAGGAAGCGGAAACAUUCAACCUUGGAAUGAGGUUCAAGUCGAAGCAGAGGAGCCCGAAACUUAAUUAUAUUUAAAACUUUUAUUUUUAACGUUAAAUAUUUCUGCGACAAAAAAAAAGUUAAAAUAAGUAUUAAUUUAAAUUAUAAAUUACGUAUGUUGAAUUUUUAUAUAAAAUUAUAAUAGCGUUUUACUUUUUUUAUCGUACUGACAAAUAGAUAGAAUCAUUGUGGAUGCAUAAGAAAUAUUAUUGUAAAUAUUUUAUAAAUCUCUCGAUGCAAGUAAGUUCUAAUAGAGAGAGAGAAAAUAGCGCAAAAUUUUAUUAAAAUUUCAAGAAUUUAUAUGAAAUUAUGAGAACAAAGUUCUUAAAUUUUUUUUAUAUGAUUUAGAAUGUUAUAGAAUAUAAUCGAGUAUUUCUUUAUUAAAUAAAUAUAUUUGAACCAAAGUUAAUUCUCAUCCAUCUUUCGUGUCAAUUUCGUGACACAUUUUUUAUGUAAAAAAAUAACAUUCUUCUGUCAUUUGUAAAAAACAUUAAUUUGAAUUUUUGUAAUUUUUAUUUUUUUAACAUGAAAUAUACGUAUCUUGUAUUAUUAAUAGCAAAAUAUGCAAUAAGAACAAAUAUGUGAUACGAAAUAUGAUAUUUGUUAUAAAAAUGUAUAUUUUUUUGUAUAUCAAUUUAAUAUAAUUUAAUAAAUAAACUACAUAUUUAAUAAAUAAAUUAAAUUAAAAUAAA